AAAAAAAUUUCAGUACAGGCAUACCUCGUUUUAUUGCGCUUCGCUUUACUACGCUUCACAGAACUGCGUUUUUUUACAAAUUGAAGGCAAGACCCUCUAACAGAAAAAAUACUGCCACUCGCUUCACUGCGGUCUGGAACCGAACCCGCAGUAUCCCCGAGGUAUGCCUGUAUGGAGAAGGCUUGAUGAGUCAGUCCCUAAACUAAAGAACUGAAGGGGAAUCUAAGUGCACAGGGCAGCAUCUCAGGUGAAGGUACUUAAAGUUGGCGGUAGGAAAUGAAAACUUCACAGGUCAGCGGCAAGCCAUUGUGCUUGGUGGCAGCUCUGGAAGGAAGCGUGGUUGUCAAGGGGCAAGUGCGUACCAACUCCAGGGGAGGGGUGCAGACCUGCCAAAUCGGAAAGAGGGGAUGAUCCGGGAAAGGUGGUAAAAUGUCCAUCAUCGGGCUCUCCAUCCCAAGAAGCAACACAAAGCAAGUUCACUGUUCAGGAGCCCCACGCCGGACUCUCCCACAGAGACAAGUUCUGCCCCAAGCCCGGGAGGCCCCGGAGGCCCGGGCAGGCCGCCUCCAGAGGAGCCCCCGCAGACGCCAUACUAAAAGCCAAAAUGGCUGCCCCAAGGAAGCCCGCACCGCGCAGCUAGAAAGGGUUUGGGAACAAGCUUCUGCGGGAAAGGGGGAGGAGAACUCUAGCAGGAACAGCGGCCAACACCAGCGCCCCCCGAGCCGCGCAGGUUCUAGUUAUAACCACCCCUUGCCAUAACUUUUGACCUACAUUUGGAAAAACACUGGCCAGGAAAAAAAAUGAUAAAAUUUUUCCUCAUGGUGAAUAAACAAGGGCAGACCCGACUCUCUAAGUACUAUGAACAUGUGGAGAUCAAUAAGCGCACACUUCUGGAAACAGAGGUUAUAAAGAGCUGUCUCUCUCGAUCCAAUGAACAAUGCUCUUUCAUUGAAUAUAAGGAUUUUAAGCUGAUAUAUCGGCAGUAUGCUGCUCUCUUCAUUGUGGUUGGAGUUAAUGACACUGAGAAUGAGAUGGCGAUUUAUGAAUUUAUCCAUAACUUUGUGGAAGUUUUAGAUGAGUACUUCAGUCGAGUGAGUGAAUUGGAUGUAUGUUUUAAUUUGGAUAAAGUAUACAUCAUUUUGGAUGAGAUGGUGUUGAACGGCUGCAUUGUAGAAACGAAUCGGGCAAGAAUUCUUGCCCCUCUGCUAAUUCUUGAUAAGAUGUCAGAGAGCUGAAAAAUGGGAGGUGCAGGCCUCAGCCACAGGAAAUGGGAACACGGAUGCCUCUCAACAUCUGCAGCCCAGAAGAACCUGGAAGAGCACACGACUGCAAAAUGGGGCAUCCUUCCAAGACAUUUUUAACUAGGUGUUUUUUCAGUUUCUACAUGGAAGACAAAACUGUAUGUUAAAAUAUGAUGUACAAAGAAAAACUUUCUCUAAGUUUUAUUUUCUAACCUACGCAUUUCCCCCAACUUGUUCAAAUUUUGUUAAAUAAAAUUUUU